UGCAGUAUCCAAUCGAAACGCGUUUCCUUCAUUUUCUCUUUGAAGAUAAAUAAUUGUCUCCUUGUCUCUGAAAUCUGAAUAUAUAUAUAUAUAUAUAUAUAUAUAUAUAAUAAAAGAUGUAAUUGUAAUUGUAAUUAAUCAGUUGAUACAAACGAAGUCUCAAGUCUCAACUUGUUCCCACAAACCAAAUCACCAUUCCCUUCUUCGUCUCCAUCUCUUGGUUGACUUACAUACACAUUAUUAAGGAUUCAAAUAUCAAAUCCAAUUCUUAUAUCUUGUGUUAGCUGAUGAAGUGGGCUUAGAUCCGAAUCGUUAAAGUUGGGGGAGAGUUUAAACCAGGUGUGACUCUUUAUGGGGAACACUUGUGUUGGACCGAGCAUUUCAAAAAAUGGUAUAUUCCAAUCAGUUUCUGCGGUAAUAUGGAAAUCUCGUGCUCUCGAUGACGAAUCAGUUUCUAAUAGAGGAACUGCAAAUGAGGAAACAGCUAGAGGACCUGAAUCAUCGUCCAUGCCUGUCCAAUUCAAACCUCCUGAGCAAAUAACUAUGCCAAAACCGGAAGUGAAACCAGUAGAGAAGCCAGAACCCAAACCAGACCAAGACCAGAAAUCUAAACACAAGAAACCUGCUUCGAUAAAAAGGGUGUCUAGUGCAGGGCUCCGUGUCAAUUCUGUACUACAAACAAACACUGGUAAUUUCAAGGAGUUUUAUAUUCUGGGGAGAAAACUGGGACAGGGUCAGUUUGGGACAACAUUUUUAUGUGUGGAGAAGGAAACGGGUAAAGAAUAUGCCUGUAAAUCUAUGGCAAAAAGGAAGAUGGUAACUGACGAGGAUGUUGAGGAUGUGAGAAGAGAAAUUCAGAUUAUGCAUCACUUGGCUGGGCAUCCUAAUGUUAUAUCCAUCAAAGGUGCUUAUGAAGAUGCAGUAGCCGUUCAAGUUGUCAUGGAGUUAUGUUCAGGUGGUGAGCUUUUUGACAGGAUUAUUCAGCGUGGACAUUAUACAGAAAGAAAGGCAGCCAACCUAAUCAGGACUAUAGUUGGGGUUGUGGAAACUUGCCAUUCUCUUGGUGUAAUACACAGAGAUCUUAAACCUGAGAACUUUCUCUUUGUCAAUCAGCAGGAGGAUUCUCCUCUCAAAACCAUAGACUUCGGAUUAUCUAUAUUUUUUAAGCCAGGUGAUGUAUUCACUGAUGUGGUUGGCAGCCCAUAUUAUGUUGCCCCAGAGGUUUUGCGAAAGCGUUAUGGCCCAGAAGCAGAUGUUUGGAGUGCUGGGGUAAUCCUCUACAUUCUUUUGAGUGGAGUACCUCCAUUUUGGGCUGAAAGUGAGGAAGGAAUAUUUAAAGAGGUUCUGCAUGGUGAUCUUGACUUUUCAUCUGAUCCCUGGCCUAGCAUUUCUGAAAGUGCCAAAGAUUUAGUUAGGAAAAUGCUUGUUCGUGAUCCUAGAAGGCGCCUGACUGCACAUGAAGUUUUAUGUCAUCCUUGGAUUCAAGUUGAUGGUGUAGCUCCUGACAAACCACUUGAUUCUGCUGUAUUAACUCGCUUGAAGCAAUUCUCUGCUAUGAAUAGGUUCAAGAAAAUGGCUCUUAUAGUUAUUGCAGAGAGCUUAUCUGAAGAAGAAAUAGCGGGUUUGAAAGAAAUGUUCAAGAUGAUAGAUACAGACAAUAGUGGUCAAAUCACAUUUGAUGAGCUUAAGGCUGGUUUGAAAAGAGUGGGUGCUAAUCUUAAGGAGUCUGAAAUUUAUGAUUUGAUGCAAGCGGCUGAUGUUGACAAUAGUGGAACUAUCGAUUAUGCGGAGUUUUUAGCUGCAACAUUGCAUCGAAACAAGAUUGAAAGAGAAGAUCACCUUGUUGCUGCCUUUUCUUACUUCGAUAAGGAUGGAAGUGGCUAUAUUACUCUAGAUGAACUUCAACAAGCUUGUGUGGAGUUUGGCGUAGAAGAUAUCCGCUUGGAAGAGAUAAUCAAGGAAAUCGAUCAAAAUAACGAUGGGAGGAUAGAUUAUAAUGAGUUUGUAGCCAUGAUGCAGAAAGGAAAUGUUCCUGUAAUUGGUAAGAAGGGCUUAGAACAUAGCUUCAGCAUUGGUUUUAGGGGAAGGCAUUAAAACUUUAUAUUUAGGGAUCAUUGAGAUUCUUUUCUUCUUUUCCUGGGCUUCAAGAUAUAUUUAACAAGAACAAGCAGGCAUGUUUAUUUUCUCCUGUUGUUUUUGUGCUUCCAAUAUAAAUUUGGAUUUUGUCAUUUUGCUAUACUGUACAAAUUUCAGAUUCUUGUAAAAACAUUGUUUCUCAUUAUCAGUCAGUGCACGGCAUAUGGACUGAAUAUUGGUGGACGCGUCAUUUUUCUCGUUUGUAA